AUGGCGAGACGCUUUACGUAUGCAGAGAAAGGCAAAGAGCUCGCUGUAUCACCCUCCCUGCCUCCACUCAAACGUAUCAGAGCUCCUCCGGUUAACACGUCAGAUCUAGAAAAGGAGAAUGCUCUCACACUCAUUGGAUGUCUCACCAACCCAAGCGAACAGAGACUCUGGUCUAUGAUACCUUUCAUCUCCAAGAAGUGGGAACUACGGGGAAAAGCCAUAGGGUCUGACCUGGGGAACAACCGUUUCCAGUUCCGAUUCGACUUUGAAGAAGAUCUCAAAAAAGUGCUAGACAACAGACCUUAUCAAUAUUCCAGAUGGAUGCUCAUCCUCCAGAAAUGGGAACAAAGCAUCGCAGCAAGCUUCCCAUCCUAG